CACAAAAGAAGCAGUUUACAUAAUGCAGUCGACUUUACUUUCCGUCGACUUUUUCUUCUUCUUCACGUUCACAUUCACAUUCAUUACUUUUACAUUCCUGCAUUUGCAUCCCGUUUCAUUGCAUCUGUUCUGUUCUCAUUCCUCUUUAUUCUUCUUUUUCUCUUUCUUGCUGUGACAUUUUAUCACUGUCUGUGCACACUCGUCCGUCCUUCCCCCUCUUAUCUAUUUCGUCACUUUUCACCUUAUUCCUCCGCUCUUUUCUCUUCCCGCUCACAUCAUCUGCUCUCUUGUAGACGUUCAUAUCGCCUUCUCCCUCUUGUAAACAUUCAUACUGCUUUCCCUCUCUUGUUUUCUGAUCCUUUAUUCACAGCACCUCCACACAAUACCAUACAUCGAAUGGACUGGCUUGUACUUGCAGGAGCUGCAGCAGAGGCUGUCAGUCAGGUCUUGGUCGUAGUCGCCUGUGGCAUCAUCCUCUCAAGGACAGGCUACCUCACUCAAUCAGCCCAGAAAUCGAUAUCAAGAGUGAAUCUGUAUUUUAUGACGCCAUGUCUGCUCUUCACAAAGAUUGCAUCUACCAUCAAUUGGGAGCAAUUCAAGGCCUUCUGGCCUAUCCCCGUCUUCUUUGUCUUUUUCUCAUUCAUCUCCUGGGCCGUCGCCAGAAUCGGAUCAAGGGCUUUGCGGUUCUCGUCCGACGAAGAAAAGUUUGUCACUGCCUCCGUCCUCUUUUCCAACACAAACUCGUUGCCGAUGGCAUUGAUUCAGUCCCUGGCCUUGAGUGCUGCAGGAAGCCGUUUGCUACGCGAUGAGAACGACACAAAGGAGCAGGUCGCUGCCCGCGGCAUCUCUUACAUCUUAUUCUACGCCAUCUUUGGAAACCUCGUACGAUGGUCCUACGGGUUCUCGUUGCUGGUUCCUAAGGAUAAAGAGGAGCGGACGGAGGCAUUAGAGAAUCAGGAUGUGUCUGCGUCGACGGACCAGUUCCCUCAACGAAGUGAAGGCGUUUUAAUCAAUGUGGACGACCCUUCAGCUUCGGGACCAGGCCAUACUGCCGCUAUCAGCAGCGCAUCGUCAAUACACACCUUGCAUGAAGGACAGGAUCUUUACAGAGAUGAUGAUACGGAUGAGGACGACGUCGACAGCACUCCAAGCAACCAGCGUAGCCAUGACCACUCGUCAUUCUUCCGAUCUUCAAACAACCAUAAGAAUCAGCAGCAGUCCACGCAUCUGCAGCCCCUGUCGCCCCCGAUAUCUGGACCCAGCAGAACAUUUCCAGGACUAAGUAGGCAUCAGAAGCGAUACCGACAUCGAAAGUCCACAAAGUCGAUGAUUAGACAAAAGGCAUCCUCAGCAGUAAGCAGGAUCCGCCAGGUUUUGACGCCGCCGUUACUGACGGCCAUUAUUGCCCUCGUUGUCGGACUGGUUCCAGCACUGCAUCGUCUGUUCAUGGGUCCUGAAUCCAAACUGUAUUCGUUCAUUAUCCAUCCGAUCGAGAACUGUGGAGCGGCGGCGAUCCCAAUGAUCUUACUCUGUUUGGGAGCACAGGUUGUCGAAUUCGCAACAUCGUCAUCGUCAUCAUCGUCUUCGAUAACGGGACAGUCUUCAUCCAACACAGGACCCGUCAAACCUGGUCAGCUUCAGAGGCGACGCAGCGCCAACACGCCAUCUGUGUUCCCACAUGCCCGUCAAGUCAGCGACUCGAGUUCCUCAGGGGAAGACAGCCAGGGCGAAGAAUGGCACCGGGUCCAGAAUCCGCCUCGACGGGAGAGUUAUGGAUACAAUGGGAUCGGAUCCUCGGAUGUGCAUGCGUCUUCGUCGACGACGCUGUACAACUUUACGGACAGUGAUAAUGAUGAGAUGUUGGGGUCGCAUUCUGCCUACAAUGGAUCUUCGGAGUUGAGCCUGCAGGGCCAUCGAUUCAAAUGGUUGUCCCCGGUUGCGUUCGUGCUGAUGUCGCGGUUGGUGGUCGUGCCGUUGAUCUGCCUGCCUGCAAUCUUGUUCCAGCCUGGGUCGCUCUCGCCGAUAUUGACGACGGAUCCGACGUUUGCAUUGACGCUGGUGUUGAUAGUUGCGUCUCCAACGGCGAUCAAUUUGAUCCAGUUAGCGCAGGUGAAGGGGUUCUUUGAGAACGAUAUGGCGGCGGUGUUGUUUUGGAGCUACUGCGUGUUUGGGGUGCCCUGUGUCCUCGGAUGGUCGCUCGUAGGUCUAUGGGCUGCAGGGCGGUAGAUGAAUCGAUAGAGAUAGAGAUAGAGAUACAUACAAAUAAACACGCUCAGCCCAGGGACAAGAAAAUAAAAUAAAAUGAUCGAUC